AUGAAAAUUGAUGUGAACAAACAUUUAAAGAUAUCAUAUAUGCGAAAAGUUGAAAAUUUACUUUUUGAAAUCAUUUUGAAAUACAGCUCUUUUAAAGCUGAACUUAACGAGAAAAGCUUUCCCCAAGAUUGCAGAUCCUACAAACUUAAACAAGUUAUCCAUUACCCAGGAUGCAUCAAUCAAACAAUUACCAGCAGUGCAUGCAUUGGUCAAUGCUUCACAGCCUGGUCUCCACACAUCGCAGGAGUAUACAAUAACGGUAUUCAAUUAUGUAGAGGUUGUCUCCCUGAUGAAAAAAGUUUAAAGAUUGUGACUCUUCAUUGUCCCGGGCAAUCGAGUUUAUAUAAAGACUUCGAGAUACACCUCGCCAUGUCAUGCAAAUGCAAGGAGAUUAAAUGCAAAACAAGAGCAGUAAAGUUUCUUCAUGACCCUAACAGAAAUUAA